AUGGCAGGACAAGCAUCCACGUCGCGACCAUCCCCUCCCGGUGCCUGCCCUCAGUGGCUCGAAGGCGACAUCGCGUUUCUCACCCAAAGCGAGAACAUGAGCUCGAAGGACUUCGAAGAGCUCAUCUCUCGGCAGGGGAAUAAAGGGAAUCGCGCAGGAUACAUUCCUUGGCGUGCUACCGGUCACCCAGUGAUCGUCCUUAAGCGGCUCUCGGAGGACUCAACCCACGUGUUGAUCACCCCGGUCUCAGCAUACAGCUGGGAGCGAAACGGUCGGAGGCCGCCCUGGUGCCAAAGACAGCAUCAAAGCAAACGCCAGGUCGACUUCCGAUCGUUCGUGGGGACUGAGCGGGCCGACGACACCCGCCCGUUUCUUCGUCUCCAACCGGGACAGACCAUGCCCAAGAAUAACUCCAGCUGGGUGUACAUCCAGAGCGUCUGGGCGGUACCCAUCACGGCUCUGUGCGUCUUCACAGGGUCGCGGACCGUGCUCACCGUGCAUCCGGAGAGUCUGGAGGAUCUUCGCCAGCACAUGGCUGCUGAGUGUACCUCCUGGGACGACGGCCUCAGGAGGCUUGCCGCAGCCGCCCCUGCUCCUGCUCCCGCCCCUGUCCCCCAUCGACGGCCGGGACCGAAGACGGAUGGACCCUUGCAAAGCCGUCAAGAAGGCGGGCGAAAAGGGCGGCCUCUUGAUUGA